AUGGCAAGGAAGAGAGUAGAAGCUGAGUCUACCGAUGGGUCUGUUAAUACUACUACUUCACUUGUUCGUGCUAAAAAUGGCAGUGCUUUUACUCAAUGCGAGGAGUGCAAGAAGGAUGUGCCAAUGGCUCUAAUAAGUUUCCACAGCUGUAGCCUUGAUGCUAAAAUCAAGAUGAAUUUGGAGGCUCGAGUUGUUGAAAAGACUGAAGAUAAGAAGAAACCAGCUGAGAGGAAGAAAGCAACCCCAACAGAGCCGAAAAUGAAGAAAGCUAAGAAGGAGAAGAAGGGCAAGGAUCCAAAUGCACCAAAACGCCCUCCCACUGCGUUCUUUAUCUUUAUGGAUGAUUUUAGGAAAGAAUACAAAGAAGCAAACCCGGACUCUAAGGAUGUUAAGAAGAUUGCAAAGGAAGGUGGUGAGAGAUGGAAGUCAUUGACUAAUGAAGAGAAGAAGCAAUAUGUGGAUAAGGCUGCUGAGCUUAAGGCAGAGUAUGGCAAGGCCUUGGAGAGUAACGAUGCCAAAAAUGAAGAUAAUGACGGGGUUUCUUCAGAGAAAGAAGGUGGUGUUGAGCAGGAACUGCAAGAUGGUUCGGAUGAAGAGUAG